GGAACUAGUGAUUGACCACAUCUGCCUCACACCUCCCUCACUCCUCCCCUCUGUGUAUGCGCUCUCUCUUGCUCUCUUUCCUACGUGGUUCACUUUCUCACUGUAUCUCGAGCGAGUAGGAGCUCUGAUCUUUAGCUCCACACAGUCCACAGUACCUCGUCUCCUCCAGGACUCCAAAAAGUAUGGAGAAGAGCCAGUAUGGACCCCCCCAGGAUGUGUCGGCUCCCCCCUACCCCGGCCCCCCAGUGGGCUACCAGGGAAAUGGCGGGGGAACUGCCUACCCCCCUCAGCCUGGCUUCCAUGGAGGUCCCCAACCCAGCAUGUACCCACCACCUCCCCAGUACAGCAUGGGCAUGGCACAGCCUACAAAUGCAUCUGGCGUACCCCAGGUGGAAAACGAGAACCAAGUUGUACACACAGAAGUAACCCAGGUGGUGGUGAUGCAGCAGCAGCUGCCUAGAGACGUGCCCGGCCAGAUGACGUGUCCCCAGUGUCAGGUCCAGGUUCUGACGGAGACCACACACACCACUGGACUGCUCACCUGGGUCAUCUGUGGAUCACUCGGCUUUUUCCUGUGCUGGCCAUGCUGUUUCAUUCCGUUCUGUGUUGACUCCUGUAAGGACGUAGAGCACCACUGCCCCAACUGCAAGAGGGUGAUCCACAUCCACAGACGUAUGUGAACAGACCUAGACCAGACACCUGCCACAAAGUGAUCCACGUCCACAAUGCGGCCAUCUCCGGCCCACAGACACUGCUGCCACAAAGUGAUCCUUACCUUUAUCAAUCUAUCCCAGUACACCACUAGGUCCAGGAACGCUUUCACUACCUGAGUAAUGGUGACUCAUAUUUCCAACCAUAACACACACUUGUGAAGCAACGUGCUCCUAAUGAAAAUAGAAAUGGCUGUGGUGAGGAGUCACAGUAUAAAGACAAUAGGCAUCUGUUGCUGAAAUGACUACUGGAAGACCAGCUUAACAUCUACUGGUGUCAAUGUGUACAAGCCGCCCCAACUGCAAGAGAGUGAUCCACAUCCACAAAAGCAUGUGAACAGGCACAAAAACACCUGCCACAAAGUGAUCCAUAUCUACAAACCCUAUAUAUGAACAGACCUAGCCACAACACAUAUUAAUUUAAAUCUAUUAGCGUUCACUACUAGCAAAUCCAAGAGGCUUUCUAUACCAGAGACUCUGUAAUUCAUAUGACACACACACAUGCACAGACACACACACAAACUACAUGAACCAAUUCAGUGCAUAAUCCACAUUAGAAAGACAAUAGGCUACUGUCUCUCUGAAAUGACUACUGCAAGGGCAGCUUCAUCUACUGUGAAUGUGAAUGUGUGACAGGAUAUCCUUUCACCAUGUUUUUGGUCAGUGUGUUUCCCAGGUGACCCUAAUUAGCAGGUUGACGUUUAUUGUCAUGAAUCUUGCCCUGGAGGCAGAACUGAGCAAUUUCCAAUAGAUGGGCCGGCUGCGAAAGUCAAAAUUGACUAUAUCAUAAAAAUUCAUGAAAACAAAAAUGAGCUUUUUGGUCUUCAUUUAAGGUUAGGGUUAGACAUUAUGGUUAGCAUAU